AUGAGGCCUGCAACUUCAACAACAACUCCAAGAAACUCCACAUCCGCCAUAGAAGCAGGUUUUGGAAACUGGCACUCCCCAAUCCCUUAUCUCUUCACUGGCUUGGCCCUCGUUCUGGGCCUCAUCGCCAUGGCAUUACUCGUCCUCUCUUGCUCCUACUUGCAUUCCUCCUCUCAUUCCGACCCCGAUGCCGAACCCGAACAAAAGCCCGACAACGCUGCCCCCCGUUGCCACGACGAGGAUUCCAACCCAACGAUUGUUGUCAUCAUGGCUGGAGAUGAUAACCCUACCUUCUUUGCCAAGCACACAACGGUGUGA